GGGGCGCAGCCGCCGAGCCACUAGCUCCGCUCCGACGCGCUUCUCUCCAGAUACUCCGGGAGCUCCAGCCGCGCGAAUCAGGCGCUCCCACCGCUCUGUACCCAAACUUCAGCUGCAGCUACAUUCCAAGCCACCUAAUUUAUUCCUCAAAAAUCAGAAACGGAGCCGCGACACGGGGAAGGAGUCCGCGGAGGAGUAAAACAACAGCAGGGCAAGAAGAGCUCCAGAGAGCUGCCUCACCGGCGCAACAGCUAGGCAUCGGUUGUGUAGGAACCAACAAGUGAGAAGGCGCCGCGUUCCCGGGGCGCAGCCGCGGGCGGCGGGAGCAGGCGCAGCAGGAGGAAGCGAGAGCCCGGAGCCCGAGCUCCCGAGCCCGAGCCGCAGUCGCUGCGGCUGCUCUGCUCCGGUCCUUCUGCGCAGGCUGCGCCGGGCGCUGGGCGAGAGACUUCGUUUUUCCCUCGUUGCAAAGCGGCGGCUGGGAGCAGCCGGUCCCCGGGGAAUAUGCGGCGCGCUUGGAUCCUGCUCACCUUGGGCUUGGUGGCCUGCGUGUCGGCGGAGUCGCGGGCAGAGCUGACGUCUGAUAAAGACAUGUACCUUGACAACAGCUCCAUUGAAGAAGCUUCAGGAGUGUAUCCUAUUGAUGACGAUGAUUAUGCUUCUGCAUCAGGCUCGGGAGCUGAUGAGGACGGAGAGAGUCCAGAGCUGACCACGUCUCGACCCCUUCCAAAGCUUCCGUUCACUAGCGCUGCUCCGAGAGUGGAAACCACGACUCUGAACAAGAUACAGAAUAAGAUCCCCGCUCAGACAAAGUCACCUGAAGAAAUUGAUAAGGAAAAAGUUCACCUCUCUGACUCAGAAAGGAAAAUGGACCCAGCUGAAGAGGCUACAAAUGUGUAUACUGAGAAGCACUCAGACAAUCUGUUUAAACGAACAGAAGUCCUGGCAGCUGUCAUUGCUGGCGGAGUGAUCGGCUUUCUCUUUGCAAUUUUCCUUAUCCUGCUGUUGGUGUAUCGCAUGAGAAAGAAGGAUGAAGGAAGUUAUGACCUUGGAGAACGCAAGCCAUCCAGUACUGCUUAUCAGAAGGCACCUACUAAGGAGUUUUAUGCGUGAAAACUCCCAUUUAGUGUCUCUAUUUAUGAGAUCACUGAACUUUUAAAAAUAAAGCUUUGGCAUAGAAUAAUGAAGAUCUUUGUUUUUUUGUUUUUUUUCAUUAAAGAGCCAUUCUGGCACUUUAAUGAUAAAAUCCCAUUGUAUUUAAAACUUUUCAUGUAUUUCUUUAGAACAACAUAAAAUUCAAAUUUAACAUCUGCAGUGUUCUGUGAAUAGCAGUGGCAAAAUAUUAUGUUAUAAAAACCCUCAAUGUUCAUGGAAUCGGUUUAAACUUUUAUGUGCAAAUAUGAAAAGAUUGUUUUUAUCCUACGGUUUGAAGAUGAAAGCUGUUUCGUUUGAGUCUGCAUGUCUCAGAUUGACCUUACCAAGUUCGUCUUACUUCGUUAAUUUAUCUGUUGUUCCCCCUCUCCUCUGCUCGCCCCUCUUGUCCCCUUGAAAACAAAACAAAACUCUAUGCCUUUUGUAGCUGUUAUGGUGCAGUUUGUCUUUGGAUAUUUCAGAUAAUGGUUAUUUAGUGUAUAUGUGAUUUUCAAAUAUAUAAACUUUAACCUCCACUUUGUAUAAAUUUUUAAGUGUCAGACUAUCCGUUUUACACUUGCUUUGUUUUUCAUUACCUGUAGCUUCAGGCAGAUUUGCAACAGCAAAUUAAUGUGUAAAAUUGGAUUAUCACCACAAAACUGUUUAGUCAUGUCUAUCAAUCAGAUCUUCUUUUGGGAGGAUUUGAGUUACUGACAAGCCUCAGCAAACCCAAAGAUGAUAACAGUAUUUUGAGAAGUUGCUGCAGAUUCCUUUGGCCACUGUAUUUGUUAAUUUCUUGCAAUUUGAAGGUACGAGUAGGGACUUAAGGAAAAAAAUCAGUUUUUGUUCUUAAAAAUGCAUUUAAGUUGUAAACAUCUUUUUAAGCCUUUGAAGUGCCUAUGAUUCUAUGUAACUCGUCGCAGACUGGUGUUAAUGAGUAUAUAUAACAGUUAAAAAAAAAAGUUGGUAUUUUAUAAGCACAGACGAUUCUAAUGGUAACUUUUGUAGUCUUACGAAUAGACGUAAAUUGUAAUUUGGGAACAUAAAAACUACUGAAUAAAUCAUGUGGCCUAAUAUUGAAAA